CGCGAAACUAGUCAUGUGUUCAUGUUUGGGUUGAUCCACGUUUUGUACAUUUGUUGUGCAUUCAUCAUUGCAGCCAUUGACCAUUGUUGUUGCAAUACUUUUUCCAUUGAAUUACUUUCUAUUUUGCGAAUUUGGAUUCAUUAUGAGUGACGAUGAUCGCGAUAUUGACAUUGAAAGUGAUGAAGGAGAUGAUUCCGAUUCACGCCAACGACAAUCUAACAAUUCACAGUGUUUCUCUCAGGCUGAAAAACGUGCUCAUCAUAAUGCAUUAGAAAGAAAACGUCGUGAUCAUAUUAAAGACAGUUUUUCAAGUCUUCGUGAUACAGUUCCAGCAUUACAAGGUGAAAAAGUUGCAAGUCGUGCACAAAUUUUGAAAAAAGCUGCUGACCAUAUUCAACAAAUGCGGCGAAAAAAUUCUUGUCAUCAAAAGGACAUUGAUGACCUUAAACGUCAAAACAGUCUUCUUGAAUCACAAAUUCGAACAUUGGAAAAAGCAAAAAUAACUGGUAAUUUUGCUGCUGAAUCAUGUGAAGUAUCAAAAUCCGAUUUAACACCAAUGAGUAAUUACAAUGAUUCCGAAUCUGAAUCAUCUGACAGUGAAUCUGGACGCACUGUUCGUGUCACAAAAAAAUUAAAAAUUGGAAGUGUUAUACAUUAAUAUUAAUGUAAAUAAUGUAAAAUUGAUAACCAGCAUUUUCUAUUAAUAGAAUAAAUAUAAAAUUAAUCAUGAUUUAAAUAUUAUUUAAACAGUGUAUUUGCAGUAAUAUUUUAUUAUUUUGUAAACAUGUUAAACAUGUUUAUACAUUGACUGUUGAUAAUGAACAACUUGAGCAAAAUAGAAUCCAAUUUUACAUGAAAUAAUUAAUCUAAAUCGUCUUGAUAAAUUAAGCUCAAUAGCGAUAAAUUAACUAAUAAAUCGAAAUUAAUGUUUUCAACAAUAUGUUGUAAAAAUUAUUCAAUAAAAUGAUUAAAAAUCUAAAUCAAUUUAAA